AGAGACCAGGUCUGAGCCGGAGUCCCAAACCGAACCCGAACCGGGACCGGAACACGGUCCAGACAUGUCAACGCAGCUGCCGCCGUGCGUGAUCGACUGCGGGACGGGGUACACGAAGGUGGGAUACGCCGGAAACACGGAGCCGCAGUUCAUCAUGCCCUCCUGUAAGCACUGACCUUUGACCCCACAGGUACAGGUGUGUCCAUCAGGGAGUCGGCCAGCGUUGGUGAUCAGAGUCAGAGGAGAGUCGUCAAAGGAGUCGAUGACCUCGACUUCUUCAUCGGAGACGAAGCCGUCGACAAACCCAACUAUGCAACAAAGAACGAUGGCUUUGUGGUUGUGGCUGCAGUGGCCGAUCCGUCACGGAAUGGUGGAGGACUGGGACCUGAUGGAGAAGUUCAUGGAGCAGAUCAUCUUCAAAUACCUGAGGGCUGAACCUGAAGACCACAGCUUCCUCAUGACGGAACCUCCUCUCAACACUCCAGAAAACAGAGAAUACCUCGCAGAGAUCAUGUUUGAGACCUUCAACAUACCUGGACUCUACAUCGCAGUACAGGCCGUGCUGGCAUUGGCGGCGUCCUGGACGUCUCGACAGGUCGGACAGAGGACUCUGACUGGAAUCGUGAUUGACAGCGGAGACGGAGUGACGCACGCUAUACCUGUGGCAGAGGGCUAUGUGAUUGGCAGCUGUAUAAAGCACAUCCCCAUUGCUGGGCGGGACAUCACCUUCUUUAUCCAACAGCUGCUCAGAGACCGGGAGGUGGGCAUUCCUCCAGAACAGUCACUGGAGACCGCUAAGGCUGUCAAGGAGCGCUACUGUUACAUCUGUCCGGACAUCGUUAAAGAGUUCACCAAGUAUGACUCGGACCCAUCAAAGUGGAUCAAACAGUACCGCGGCGUGAACAGCGUCAGUCAGACCGCCUUCCACAUCGACGUCGGAUAUGAGCGCUUCCUCGGCCCUGAGAUCUUCUUCCACCCAGAGUUCGCGAACCCAGACUUCAUGCAGCCCAUCUCAGACGUGGUGGACGAGGUGAUUCAGAACUGUCCCAUCGACGUCCGGCGGCCACUCUACAAGAACAUCGUCCUGUCCGGAGGGUCCACCAUGUUCAGGGACUUCGGCCGGCGGCUGCAGAGGGACCUGAAGAGGGUGGUGGACGCCAGGCUGAGGCUGAGCCAAGAGCUGAGCGGAGGCAGGAUAAAGCCCAAGCCCAUGGAGGUCCAGGUGGUCACGCAUCACAUGCAGAGAUACGCCGUGUGGUUCGGAGGAUCCAUGCUGGCGUCCACGCCGGAGUUUUUCCAGGUGUGUCAUUCUAAGAAAGACUACGACGAGAUCGGACCGAGCAUCUGUCGACACAACCCCGUCUUUGGCAUCAUGUCCUGAUGGCAGCCCGCUAGCCCAUUAGCCCAUUAGCCGCUACAUCGUCAGCCCGCUGUUCGAUAGAUAGCCAGCCAGCUAGCUAGCGUGUUAGCCUGCGGGCUGUCCAUCCAUCCGGCCUGUUUACCUUGCUACCUGCCAGCCACCAGCCACUUAGCCACUCAGCCUGUCUGUGUUCCUCUCAGUUUGUAGCCUGUUAGCCUGUUAGCUGGAGUUUUAGCCAGCUAGCUCAGCCUCAUUCAACUCACACGGAGGUCGCAAAGUAAAGCACAACAGUAAGGAAGAGUCACUGCACAGUUAGCUUACCUGUUCCCCUUAGAGAGACGCCUAAGCUAACUGCUAGCCUGUUAGCUGUGUCAGAUGUAGCUGCUGUUUUUGCGUUUAAAGGUCGAGGGUUAGUUUUAGACUCAGAAGCUUUAGACGAUUUAACGACGCUCAUUUUCUACGAUGACGUUCAUUUAUGGAAACAGAACGAGAUGAUUCAUCUGAGUGUUUAUGAUUAAUAAUCGAAACUCAGUGAUCAGACACGUUUCAAUUUAUUUCAUCAUUAUUUC